AUGGUAUUUAAUGACAUGGAUGAAGAUGCUUGUAUAAACAAUAUAGGUGUUAAUGCAGUGGAUUUAGAGAAUACUCCUAGAUAUUUAAGUGUUAUGUGUAAUUCAGUGCCCCUAAAAAUGGAAAUAGACACAGUCGAUGCGUUUAGUCAGUGGAUUGAUGUAAAGGAUAUGAAAAUAACUAGCGCAGGGGCUUUAAUCCUUGAAUUGCGAAGAAUAUUUUCAUACUUCGGAUUACCAAACACGAUCGUAUCUGAUAACGGCCCACCAUUCAAUUCGGCAGAAUUUACAGAUUUUUGUACAUCGAAUUCCAUUAAAUGCCUUAAAAGUCCGCCGUAUCACCCCCAGUCUAACGGCGCUGCUGAGCGUGCAGUUCAAACAGUCGAAAAUGGGUUACGAAAGUCGUUGGAUGAUAAUAAAAUUAAAACCCUACCUAACCCUACCUUGCUACUCUCUAGAUUUUUGUUGAACUACCGUUCAACUCCCACGACAAGGAAUAGACUUUCUCCAAAUGAAAUGAUUUUUAGACUUAAACCUAAAACAUUAAUAGAUGACAUAAAUCCAAGCAUACGAGGGAACGGUGAGAUAAGUAGAGAAAACGGAACGGUUUUGGCUAUGGAUGUUAAAGAAACAAAACAGAAACCAUUUUUUGAAAAGGGGGAUAAAGUGUUGUACAAACUUAAAACUAAUUUGAAGUAUAAAUGGAUACCCGGUAUUGUAAGAGAGAAAAUGGGUAACGUGAUGUAUAGUAUAGUUGCAGAAGGCGUUUAUAGGAACGCACAUGUUUCACAACUUCGAAAACGAAAAAGUAAGGAAAAAGUUGAUUUGAUAGAUGAGGUUGAUAUUUUCAUACGACCUGAACAGGAUAAGGAAGACGAACAUCAAGUAACGAAUAAACGUAAACGGGAUCCUGAUGAAUUCAUUGUUAGACGCUCAGAGCGACUAAAGCGUAGAGUAUGUGAAAACUAA